GUUUACUGGGAUGAAUUUGCCUGCCCCAGUUAUCAGCAGUAAAAACUGGCUGCGGCUGCACUUCACGUCGGAUGGCAACCACAGGCAGAAGGGGUUCAGUGCCCAGUAUCAAGUCAAAAAGCAAAUUGAACUGAAGUCCAGAGGGGUGAAGCUAAUGCCCAGCAAGGACAAUAACCAGAAGACAUCAGUGUUAACUCAGGUUGGUGUGUCCCAGGGACAUAAUAUGUGUCCAGACCCUGGGAUUCCCGAGAGAGGCAAAAGAAUAGGCAACGACUUUAGGUUAGGCUCCAGCAUCCAGUUCACCUGUAACGAGGGCUAUGAUCUACAGGGGUCCAAAAGCAUCACCUGCAAGAGAGUGAGCGACAUAAUUGUUGCAUGGAGUGACCACAGGCCGGUGUGCAGAGCCAGGAUGUGUGAUAUGUACCUUCGUGGUCCCAGUGGUGUGAUAACUUCUCCCAACUACCCCGUACAAUACGAUAACAACGCCUACUGCGUGUGGGUCAUCACUGCGCUCAAUCCGGCCAAGGUUAUCAAACUCACCUUUGAAGAAUUUGAACUAGAAAGAGGAUAUGACACUCUGACAGUGGGUGAUGGAGGACAAGUCGGAGACCAGAAAACUGUGCUUUACGUCUUGACAGGCACCACAGUCCCUGAUCUCAUCGUUAGCACACACCACCAGAUGUGGCUCCUCUUCCAGACAGACAGUGUCAGAAACUUGCUGGGAUUCAAAGCAACAUAUGAAGAGAUUGACCAAGGGAGCUGCGGCGAUCCCGGGAUCCCAGCCUACGGCAGGAGGGAAGGAUCCACGUUCCGUCACGGGGACAGUUUGAAGUUCGAGUGCCAGCCUGCCUUUGAGUUGAAGGGACAGAAAACAAUUACCUGCCAAAAGAGUAGCCAGUGGUCUGCUCAGAAACCAGUUUGUGUUUUUUCCUGCUUUUUCAACUUCACCACCCCAUCUGGGAUUGUGCUGUCACCAAAUUACCCUGAAGAAUACGGAAGCAGCUUGCACUGUGUUUGGUUAAUCAUAGCUAAACCUGAGAGCCGAAUUCACUUGGCUUUCAAUGAUUUUGAUGUGGAGCCUCAGUUUGAUUUCCUAGCCGUGAAGGAUGGUGGGACUGCCGAGUCUCCGGUGCUGGGGACCUUCUCAGGAAACCAGAUCCCCUCCUCUCUGACCAGCAGCGGUCACGUAGCCAGGCUGGAGUUCCAGACCGACCACUCCAUGGAGAAGAGAGGCUUCAACAUAACCUUCACCACGUUCAGGCAUAACGAGUGCCCUGACCCUGGCGUGCCUGUCAAUGGAAAGCGGUUUGGCGACAGCCUCCAGCUCGGCAGCUCGGUGUCCUUCCUGUGCGACGAGGGCUUCAUUAGGACCCACGGCUCGGAAACCAUCACCUGCAUCUUGAAGGAAGGAAACGUGGUCUGGAACAACGCCGUGCUCAGAUGUGAAGCGCCGUGCGGGGGGCACCUGACGUCACCCAGCGGAACCAUCCUGUCCCCGGGCUGGCCCGGCUUCUACAAGGACUCCCUGAGCUGCGCGUGGGUCAUCGAGGCGCAGCCGGGCUACCCCAUCAAGAUCACCUUUGACAGAUUUAAGACCGAGGUGAAUUAUGACACCCUGGAAGUGCGAGAUGGCCGGUCCUAUUCUUCCCCGUUGAUAGGUGUCUAUGAUGGGACUCAGGUGCCCCAGUUCCUCAUCAGCACCAGCAACUACCUCUACCUCCUCUUCACCACUGACAAAAGCCACUCUGACAUAGGCUUUCAGAUCCGAUACGAGACUGUGAAGCUCCAGUCAGACCACUGCUUGGAUCCGGGCAUCCCCGUGAACGGCCAGCGCCACGGGAACGACUUCUACGUGGGAGCUCUGGUGACGUUCAGCUGCGAUUCGGGCUACACCCUGAGUGACAGCGAAGCCCUGGAGUGCGAGCCCAACUUCCAGUGGAGCCGGCCGCUGCCCAGCUGUGAGGCUCUGUGUGGAGGUUACAUUCGUGGUUCCAGUGGUACCAUCUUAUCCCCAGGCUUCCCUGACUUUUAUCCAAAUAACUUGAACUGCACAUGGACAAUAGAAACAUCACACGGAAAAGGUGUGUUCUUCACCUUCCAUACCUUUCACCUGGAGAAUGGCCAUGACUACCUCCUCAUCACCGAAAACACCAGCUUUGCUCAGCCCCUGAAGCAGCUGACGGGCUCUCGGCUCCCGGCCCCGCUCAGCGCAGGGCUCUUCGGAAACUUCUCGGCUCAAAUUCGCUUCAUCUCGGACUUCUCCAUGUCCUAUGAGGGUUUCAACAUCACCUUCUCAGAAUAUGAUCUGGAGCCCUGCGACGAGCCAGAGGUGCCAGCCUACAGCAUCAGAAAGGGGCUGCAGUUCGGAGUGGGGGAUGUCCUCACCUUUUCCUGCUUCCCCGGCUACCGGCUGGAGGGUGCAUCCCGCAUCACCUGCCUCGGGGGGAGACGGCGUGUGUGGAGUUCGCCUCUGCCAAGGUGUGUUGCUGAAUGUGGUUCAUCUGUAACUGGAACCCAAGGUGUCCUGCUGUCCCCCAACUAUCCGUUAAACUAUAACAACAACCACGAGUGCAUCUACUCCAUCCAGACCCAGCCAGGAAAGGGGAUCCAGCUGAAAGCCAGGACUUUUGAACUGGAGGCAGGAGAUGUCCUCAAGAUCUAUGAUGGCAGCAACAGCUCUGCUCGUCUGCUGGGCUCCUUCAGCCGCUCCGAGAUGCUGGGCACCAGCAUCAACAGCACUUCCAGCAGCAUGUGGCUUGAGUUCAUCACCAACAGCGAGAACACGAGUAAAGGCUUUGAGCUGCAGUUUUCCAGUUUUGAACUCAUUAAAUGCGAGGACCCCGGCAUCCCCCAGUUUGGCUACAAGGUCCAUGAUGAGGGCCACUUCGCUGGCAGCUCCGUGUCCUUCAGCUGCGACCCCGGCUACACCCUGCGAGGCAGCAGGGUGCUGGUCUGCCUGACCGGGGAGCGGAGAGCGUGGGAUCAGCCCCUGCCCACCUGCGUGGCUGAGUGUGGGGGUACCAUCAGAGGAGAGUCGUCGGGACGGAUCCUGUCUCCCGGCUACCCGACACCCUACGAUCACAAUCUGAAUUGCAUCUGGACAAUAGAGGCAGAAGCUGGUUGCACGAUAGGGCUCCAUUUCAUGGUUUUCCACACCGAGGAGUUCCACGAUGUGCUGAGGAUCUGGGAUGGUCCGGUGGAGAACGGCAUCCUGCUAAAGGAGAUGAGCGGGUCCGGCUUACCCAGCGAUGUCCACAGUACUUUCAACUCCGUCAUCCUUCAGUUCAACACUGACUUCUUCACCAGCAAGCAGGGCUUUGCUGUUCAGUUUUCAGUUUCCACUGCCACUUCCUGCAACGACCCAGGGAUUCCCCAGAACGGGAGCCGGAGUGGUGACAGCAAAGAGGCAGGUGACUCCAUCAUCUUCCAGUGUAAUCCAGGAUACGCUCUGCAAGGGGAGGCCAAAAUCACUUGUGUGCAGAUCGAGAACAGGUUUUUCUGGCAACCAGACCCUCCCUCCUGCACAGCUCCCUGCGGAGGUAUCUUGACGGGACCGGCUGGGGGGGUCCUGCAAGCUCCUGGGAUACAGGGGUCCUGGAAGCUGACUGUCUCUCCUGAUUAUGUCAUCGCUCUGGUCUUCAAUACCUUCAGCUUGGAGCCUGGCUAUGAUUUCCUUCAUAUCUACGAUGGACCCGAUUCCCUCAGCCCCCUGAUCGGAAGCUUUUAUGGCUCCCAGCUGCCCGAGAGGAUAGAGAGCAGCAGUAACAGCCUCUUCCUCGCUUUCCGAAGCGAUGCAUCAGUCAGCAACGCCGGAUUUGUCAUUGACUACACAGAAAACCCCCGGGAGUCGUGCUUCGAUCCGGGCUCCGUUAAGAAUGGCACACGAGUGGGCACAGACCUGAAGCUGGGGUCGACGAUUACCUACUACUGCGACGGAGGGUAUGACAUCGAAGGGGUCUCCACGCUGACGUGUGUGAUGGGGGCGGAUGGAAAACCCACGUGGAACAAACCCCGACCGACCUGUACAGCACCCUGCGGCGGUCAGUACACGGGCUCCGACGGCGUAGUCCUCUCUCCCAGUUAUCCCCAGAACUACACCAGCGGGCAGGUCUGCCUGUACUUCAUCGUCGUGCCGAAGGACUACGUGGUCUUCGGGCAGUUCGCCUUCUUCCAGACCGCGCUCAACGACGUUGUCGAAGUCCACGAUGGUCCCAACCAGCACUCGCGGCUCCUCAGCUCCCUCUCAGGCUCUCAUACAGGUGAAUCGUUACCAUUGGCUACCACCAACCAGGUUCUCAUCAAAUUUAGUUCCAAGGGUCAGUCUACAGCCAAAGGUUUUCAUUUUGUCUACCAAGCGGUUCCUCGGACCAGCGCCACGCAGUGCAGCUCGGUGCCGGAGCCGCGCCACGGCCGGCGGCUGGGCCGCGGCCUCCCGGGGGGGGGGGUCUUCUUUUUUUUUUUGUCCAUAGGCAGGUGUUUUAAAGAGAAUGUUUUAGUAUAAUGCCAUGGCCUUCCGUGCUCAAGCAUUACUUUGCUUAUUGCAGUGCCGUGUGGUGGCAAUUUGACGGAACGCAAAGGUACCAUCCUGUCCCCUGGCUUCCCUGAGCCCUACCUGAACAGCCUCAACUGCGUCUGGAAGAUAACGGUCCCCGAAGGAGCAGGGAUACAGAUCCAGGUGAUCAGUUUUGUUACUGAGCAGAACUGGGAUUCCCUGGAAGUGUUUGAUGGAGGAGAUAACACAGCCACCAUGCUGGGAAGUUUCUCUGGAACUACAGUGCCUGCGUUGCUGAACAGCACUUCAAACCAGCUCUAUCUGCAUUUCUAUUCGGAUAUCAGCGUCUCUGCUGCUGGCUUUCACCUGGAAUACAAAACCGUCGGUCUGUCCAGCUGCCCGGAGCCCCCCAUCCCCGGGAAUGGCCUGAAGAUCGGCGAGCGCUACUUGGUGAACGAUGUCGUCUCCUUCCAGUGUGAACCGGGCUACGCGCUUCAGGGCCACUCUCACAUUUCCUGCAUGCCAGGCACUGUCCGCCGCUGGAAUUACCCACCUCCACUUUGCAUCGCCCAGUGUGGAGGAACAGCAGAAGAGAUGGAAGGAGUGCUCCUGAGCCCAGGGUUCCCGGGAAAUUAUCCAAGCAACCUGGACUGCACGUGGAAGAUAUUGCUGCCAGUGGGGUUUGGGGCCCACGUCCAGUUCCUGAACUUCUCCACUGAGCCAAACCAUGACUUUGUCGAAAUCCGCAACGGGCCGUACGACACCAGUAACGUCAUCGGGCGGUAACCGGGCUCCCUCCUGUCCACCUCUCACGAAACCACCGUGUACUUCCACAGCGACCACUCGCAGAACAAGCCAGGCUUCAAGUUGGAAUACCAAGCCUACGAGCUGCAGGAGUGCCCUGACCCCGAGCCUUUUGCAAAUGGUGUUGUGAGAGGAGCCGGUUACAACGUUGGCCAGUCCAUCUCUUUCGAGUGCCUGCCUGAGCUGAUCGGCCACCCCGUCCUCACCUGCCAGCAUGGCACCAACAGGAACUGGGACCACCCGCUGCCCAGGUGUGAAGUGCCUUGUGGGGGGAACAUCACCACCCAAAAUGGUACAGUGUACUCUCCUGGCUUCCCCAACCAGUACCCCAAUUCCCAGGACUGCACUUGGCUUCUGACGGUGCCGGUGGGCUAUGGAAUCCAUCUCAACUUCACUCUGCUGCAAACAGAGCCCUACAACGAUUUCAUCACUGUUUGGGAUGGUCCUCAGCAAACAGCCCCGCAGCUUGGUGUGUUCACUGGCAACUCUGCUAAGAAAUCAGCCCAAAGCUCUUCCAAUCAGGUCCUGAUGAAAUUCCACAGCGAUGCAGCCAACGGAGGGAUUUUUGCCAUUUAUUUCUACGCCUACCAGCUCUUCAGAUGUCAGCCUCCGACCAUCGUUCCCAACGCAGAAAUCAUCGCUGAGAACGAGGAAUUUAACAUAGGUGACGUAGUGAGGUACAGGUGCCUUCCUGGCUUUACCCUGAUUGGAAAUGAAAUCCUGACCUGCAAACUAGGCACUCAUCUGCAGUUUGAAGGACCUCCACCCACGUGUGAAGUGCACUGCCCGAUGAACGGGGUCAUGACGGACUCCACCGGGGUGAUCCUCAGCCAGAGCUUCCUGGGAAGUUACCCUCACUUUCAGACCUGUUCUUGGGUGGUGAAGGUAGAGCCGGGCUAUAACAUCUCCCUCACCAUCGAGUACUUCCUGAGCGAGAAGCAGUACGAUGAGUUUGAAAUCUUUGAUGGUCCCUCCGGCCAGAGCCCGCUGCUCCUCUCGCUGAGCGGCAACUACUCUGCCCCUCUGACCGUCACCAGCAGCGGGAACAAAGUCUACCUCCGUUGGUCCUCUGAUCAUGCCUACAACAGAAAAGGCUUCAAGAUCCGCUAUUCUGCUCCGUACUGCAGCCUCCCGCAGCCGCCGGCCCACGGGCUGAUUCUCAGCCAGACGGGGCUGCAGCCCGGCAGCCCGCUGCCUCGCCUCGUCGGCCACAGCACCACCACCUGCUCCCAGCACCCGCAGGGCUACUUCCACUGGGACGAAGCGAUCCCGCUGUGCCAAGCUCUCUCCUGUGGAGUUCCCAGAGCCCCAAAGAACGGCGUCGUCUUUGGCAAGGAGUACACGGUGGGUACGAAGGCUGUGUACCACUGCAACCAGGGCUUCCAGCUGCCGCCCGGCGAGGAGCCCAGUACAGAGUGCCUGCAGGCCGGGCAGUGGAGCAACGGCAACCAGCCCCCGCAGUGCGCCGCUGUCACCUGUCCCGAUAUCAACAGCAUCGCGGUUGAGCACGGUCGGUGGCGGCUCACCUACGAGAUCCAGUACCACUACAACGCCCAGCUGAUGCUCAUCUGUGACCCUGGCUACUACUACACGGGCCAGCGGGUCAUCAGGUGCCAAGCCAACGGCAAGUGGAGCAUAGGCGAACCGAUGCCGACCUGCAAAAUUAUCUCCUGCGGAGACCUGCCGACCCCCCCCAACGGGAACAAGAUCGGCACGCUGACCAGCUACGGGGCCACGGCCAUCUUCUCCUGCAACACCGGCUACACCCUGGUGGGGUCCCGCGUGCGGGAGUGCAUGGCCAACGGACUCUGGAGCGGAGCGGAAGUGAGAUGUCUGGCGGGACACUGCGGUGUCCCCAGCCCCAUCGUCAACGGGCAGAUCAACGGGGAGAACUACAACUACCGUGGCAGCGUGGUGUAUCAGUGCCACCCCGGCUUCCGCCUCAUCGGGAUGUCGGUGCGCAUCUGCCAGCAGGAUCACCGCUGGUCCGGGAAGACGCCUGUCUGUGUGCCUAUCACUUGCGGCCACCCCGGCAACCCUGCCAACGGCUUGACCCAGGGGAGUCAGUUCAAUCUGAACGACGUGGCCAAGUUUGUGUGCAGCACCGGGUACCGCCUGGAAGGAGCGUCGCAGUCGCAGUGCUUGGCCAACGGCCAGUGGAGCAGCACCCUGCCCGCCUGCCGCGUUGUAAACUGUACUGACCCCGGGCACCUGGAAAACAGCAUCCGUCAAGUGCAGCCGAGUGGUCCUCACAGAUUCAGCUUUGGAACAACUGUGUUGUAUCAGUGCAGCCAUGGAUAUUACUUAUUGGGUACACAUGUCCUUACCUGUCAGGGGGAUGGCACUUGGGACCGUGCCCUCCCACAGUGUCUUUUGGUGUCCUGCGGCCACCCCGGCUCCCCACCCCACGCCCAGAUCUCGGGCGACAAACACACCGUCGGCUCCGUGGUGCGGUACAGCUGCCUCGGGAAGCGGACCCUGGUCGGCAACUCCACUCGCAUGUGCCAGCUGGACGGGCGCUGGAGCGGCUCCCCGCCUGAGGGGGCUUUGGGCAGGAGGGUGUGGGGCAGCAGCCAGGGUGUCUGCGGUGACCCAGGGAUCCCCUCGCAUGGCAUCGGGCUGGGGGAUGACUUUGAUGUGGGCAGCGUGGUCCGGUUCAGCUGCGAGCCCGGUUACACGCUCCGGGGUUCGUCCGAGAGGACCUGCCAAGCCAACGGCUCCUGGAGCGGCACGCAGCCGGAAUGUGAAGUUAUAUCCUGUGGAAACCCAGGAACCCCCAGCAACGCGAGGGUUAUAUUUAACGACGGCUUGAUUUUCUCCAGUUCCAUUAUCUAUCAGUGCCGGGAAGGCUACUACUCCACGGGAGUGCUGAGCAGGCACUGCACGGUGAACGGGACGUGGACUGGGACCAGUCCGGAGUGUACAGUGAUCAACUGUGGUGACCCCGGCGUGCCGGCCAACGGCAUUAGGCUGGGCAGUGAUUUCACCUACAACAGAACGGUGGUGUUCCAGUGCACGCCGGGCUACAUGAUGGAGUCGGACAGGGCGUCUUCUCUAACCUGCACGAAAGACCGAACCUGGAAUGGCACCAAACCCGCCUGCAAGGCUAUCGUCUGUAAAUCCCCGCAAGCCAUUCCCAACGGGAAAGUCGUAGGCUCGGACUUCAGCUGGGGCUCCAGCGUGAGCUACGCCUGCCUGGAGGGGUACCAGCUGUCCCUGCCCGCCGUGCUGACCUGCGAGGGGAACGGCACGUGGAGCGGGGAGAUUCCCCAGUGCUUCCCUGUGUUCUGCGGAGAUCCCGGGAUACCCGCGCAAGGCAGGCGGGAGGACAGAGGCUUCACGUACCGCUCCUCCGUCUCCUUCUCCUGCUUAGCCCCGCUCGUGCUGGUGGGCUCAGCCCGGAGGUUCUGCCAGUCCGACGGGACGUGGAGCGGGACGCAGCCCAGCUGCAUAGACCCCAGCCUCACGACGUGCGCGGACCCCGGCGUGCCUCUCUUCGGGAUGCAGAACAACUCCCAGGGCUACCAGGUGGGAAGCAUCAUCUUUUUCAAGUGCCAGAAGGGGUACCUGCUGCAGGGCUCCACCACCAGGACCUGCCUCCCCAACCUGACGUGGAGCGGCGUGCAGCCAGACUGCGUCCCUCACCACUGUAAGCAGCCGGAGACCCCCUCUCACGCCAACGUUGGUGCUCUGGAUUUGCCAUCUCUGGGCUACACCCUGAUCUAUUCCUGCCAGAGUGGCUACUAUCUCACCGGAGGGUCUGAGCAUCGCACCUGCAAAGCAGAUGGCAGCUGGACAGGAAAACCACCCAUCUGCCUCGCUGACGUCCGUCCCAGCGGGAGGCCGGUCGGCACCGCGCGGGACCCGCCGCUCACCAAGGUGUCAGUGCCUGCUGAUGUGUUUGCAAGGAAUUCCCUUUGGAAAGGCUCCUAUGAAUACAUGGGGAAAAAGCAGCCUGCGAUGCUGUCUGUCACUAGCUUCGACCCUGCCACGGGUAAAGUCAAUGCCACUUUGAUAGACCACAGCGGCGUGGAGCUCCAGGUGUCUGGGAUUUACAAGAAAGAAGAUGUGCACCUGCUUCUCCAGGUUUACCAGAUAACAGGGCCAGUGGAGAUCUUUGUCAACAAGUUCAAAAACGAUAAAUGGGCUCUGGAUGGACAUGUCUCGUCGGAGUCGUCAAGCGGCACAUUUGUGUACCAGGGCUUCGUGCGUGGCAAAGGCUUCGGGCAGUUUGGCCUUCAGAGACUUGACAUCAGCAUGAUGGAAAAUGAUCCAGAAUCAAUAGGACACCAUUUUGCAUCAAACAGCAGUUCUGUGGCAGCUGCCAUUCUUGUGCCUUUCAUAGCCCUGAUUAUUGCAGGGUUUGUGCUUUAUCUCUACAAACACAGGAGAAGACCAAAAGUCCCAUUCAAUGGCUACGCGGGCCAUGAAAACACCAACGUCCGAGCAACGUUUGAGAACCCGAUGUACGACCGCAACCUGCAGCCCACGGACAUCAUGGCCAACGAGACGGAGUUCACGGUCAGCACAGUGUGCACGGCCGUAUAG